AUGCGGGACCGGAUUAAAGAGCUGAGAAAAUACAUUGAGGCUUCAGAUCAAGAUGAUGAUGAUGAUGAUGAGGAGGAGACCAGAGCUUUGAUCACCAAACCCAGAAACUCAUCAACCAAAGAGGAGAAGGAGAGUGAAGUCUUUUUAAAAAAGGCACAUGAAAUCCAUGAGGAGAUCCAGAGUCUCAAGAAGAUGGUGUUGGACCUUGAGAACAAACAAAAAACUGUGCUCAGCAUGGCUCUACCUGUGGAGGGUCGGAAGAAAGAGCUGCAGUUUUUUGCAGAAGAGAUAAAAACAAUGGCGAGCCAGAUCCAGAGAAAGCUGAGGAAUAUCGAACCCAAGAAGGGAGUCAAGGAGGGAAAAUAUAUUCCCAUAAAUGUUCGGAUACAACGCACACAGCACAGCAUCUGCUCCAAGAUGUUUCUGGAGCUGGUGGGUUACUUUUACACCGUACAGUCCCGGUACAGAGACUGCAACAAGGAGAGAAUACAGAGGCAACUAAACAUCACUGGGGUCAACGUAUCUGACGAGGAGCUGGACACCAUGCUCGAAAGUGGCAAGAUGGAUGUACAGAUCUUCAGCAGUUGUGCAACUACAAAACAGGAUCUGGAUGAGAUCGAGUCCCAACACGACGAGAUCCUGAAGCUGGAGCAAAGCAUUGAAACCCUGCAUGACAUGUUCCAGUACCUCACCAUUGAAGUGGUGGCCCAGGGAGAGAUGGUCAACCGGAUUCAAAACAACAUCGACCAGUCAUCUGUCAAUGUGGAGAAAGCAAAGGACAACACAGGGCAAGCAGUCACGUAUCGGCAGAAAGCGUGCAAGAAGAAGAUCUGGAUCGCCAUCUUUCUGGCCAUCGUCGUCGUAACGUUGGUCAUCUUGUUGUCCACCUUACUUUCAACCUAA